CCCCCUAAACCUCUCUCACACACACACACACACACACAACAAACUUUCACUGAAGUCGCUAGUGAGCUGGUGUGUCAUGCUCAGGCCACAUUGGAGUGAGAAGACGUGGACCCCCCAUGAUGUUGCGGAUAAUAUCGAUGACGAUGCUAACGAUGAUGACAGUCAUUGCAGCGGCGGUGGCGAACAACAAAGACUGGACGCCUGCAAGUUCCUCGAAGCGAGCCGUCUGCACGUUUUACCGCUUGUCCGUGGGAGCCAGCGUCAUUCCCAGGAACAUUUCCUCCGACACGGAAUAUGUAGAGAUGACGAUGACCAACAUCCCAGUCAUCCCUCGUGGUGCGUUCACUGACCUGCGCCAGCUCCGGACACUCGUCGUCCUCCUCAACAAAGAUCUGACGACCAUCGCUCCCUCGGCUUUCGCCGGCCACCCCCUGCUGGAGAAAAUCACCAUCUCAGCAAACGAAGCGCUGAAGUCCAUUGGAGCGUUCGCCUUCUCCAACCUCCCCGAACUCCGAGAGAUAACCAUCACGUUGUCCAAACAUCUGAGGCACAUUGACGGGGACGCGUUCAAGAACCUCCCAAACCUGCAACGCCUGUUUAUAUCCAACACGGGACUUACCACGUUCCCCGACUUCUCCAAGAUCCACUCGGCCGCCGACUGCACGAUGUUUGACAUCCACGACAACAUCCACAUACAGGAAGUGCCCGCCAACGCCUUCAACGGCCUUUGUAGGGGUACCAUUAGGAAAAUACGUCUCACCACAAAUGGCAUCAAGAAGGUGGCGAAAGACGCCUUCAACGGCACCAAUCUGCACAGCCUGUCUCUGAGAGGCAACAGACAACUUGCCUACAUCCACCCCAACGCCUUUGAGGGUUCCAGCGACUUAGUGAUGAUCGACGUCUCCCACACGGCGCUCGACACCCUGCCAGUCGCCAUCCUGGGCCGACUCCAGUGGCUGACGGCGGAGUCGGCGUUCCGCCUGAAGGAGCUCCCCCCCCCGCGCUUGUACGGCAAGCUGCUCCACGCCCGGGUCACGUACCCGUCGCACUGCUGCGUCCUCCUCGGCCUGUACAAGAACAAUUCCGUGUGGCAUCCCCUGUGCUCCCACCCCAAAGCACGGGAAGAUGCCGCCUUCUUCCAAGCCCACUGCGUCAACAUCAGCACCAACUGCACCCCCUUGCCGGACGCCUUCAACCUCUGCGGGGACAUCAUGGACACCGUGCCGCUGAGGGCCCUCAUCUGGAUCGUCUCUGUCCUCACGCUGCUGGGGAACAUGGCCGUGCUCCUGGUUCUGUUAGGCAGCCGCUCCAAACUGACGGUGCCGCGCUUCCUCAUGUGCCACCUGGCGUUCGCUGACCUCUGCAUGGGAGUCUACCUGGUCGUCAUAGCGACGGUGGACACGGCCACACGGGGCCACUUCUACAACCACGCCAUCUACUGGCAGACGGGCCCCGGCUGCGGCGCCGCCGGCUUCUUCACCGUGUUCGCCAGCGAGCUGUCUGUGUUCACGUUGACGGUCAUCACGCUGGAGCGCUGGCACACCAUCACGCACGCCCUGCGACCCGACCGCAAGUUGCGCCUGAGGCACGCCUGCGGGGUCAUGGCGGCCGGCUGGAUCUUCUCCCUCCUGGCAGCGCUGCUUCCCACCAUGGGGGUCAGCAGCUACAGUAAGGUGAGCAUCUGCCUCCCCAUGGACGUGGAGUCGGCGGCAUCUCAGGUGUACGUGGUGUCGCUGCUCCUCCUCAACAUCCUGGCCUUCGCCUGCGUGUGCGGCUGCUACCUCAGCAUCUACCUGACCAUGCGCAACCCGUCGGCGGCGCCUGCCCACGCCGACGCCAACGUGGCCCAGCGCAUGGCGGUGCUGGUCUUCACCGACUUCCUCUGCAUGGCGCCCAUCUCCUUCUUCGCCGUGUCGGCGGCGCUCAAGCUGCCGCUCAUCACCGUGUCGGACGCCAAGCUGCUGCUGGUCAUCUUCUACCCCAUCAACUCCUGCUCCAACCCCUUCCUCUACGCCUUCUUCACGCGCAGCUUCCGCCGCGACUUCUUCCUGCUGGCGGCCCGCUUCGGCCUCUUCAAGACGCGGGCGCACAUCUACCGCACGGAGAGCACAUCCUGCCAGCCGCCGGCGUGGACGUCCCCCAAGAGCAGCCCCGUCAACAACGGCAGGGAGCAGGAGAGCUGACACGUGGACCCGCCCGCCUUCGCUUUGUCGGUGUAUCUGAACCUGGCCAGCAAACAUAGAUCAAUGCUGUCCCAACCUGUGAGUUACAUAACCCCUUUAAAGGCCUACUGAAAGCCACUACUAGCGACCACACAGUCUGAUAGUUUAUAUAUCAAUGAUGAAAUAUUAACAUUGCAACACAUGCCAAUACAGCCUUUUUAGUUUACUAAAUUGCAAUUUUUAAUUCAAUAUAUAUUUAAUAUUAAUUAACAUAAUUACACAGUAUUCUGGACAUCUGUGUUACUGAAUCUUUUGCAAUUUGUUCAAUCAAUAAUGGAGACGUCAAAGAAGAAAGAUGUAAGUGGGAAGCGACCGAUUAUAGCGGACAUUUUGAUCCAGCACCGACCCCAGCUAUAGGUCGUCUGCUUUAAUCGCAUAUUUACACAGUAUUCCGGACAUCUGUGUUGCUUAAUCUUUUGCAAUCUGUUCAAUUAAUAAUGGAGACGUCAAAGAAGAAAGAUGUAGGUGGGAAGCGACGGAUUGUAGCAGACAUUUUUAACCAGCACCGAUCCCAGCUAUAAGUCGCCUGCUUUAAUCCCCUAAUUACACAGUAUUCUGGACAUCUGUGUUGCUGAAUCUUUUGCAAUUUGUUCAAUUAAUAAUGGAGACGUCAAAGAAGAAAGAUGUAGGUGGGAAGCGACGGAUUGUAGCGGACAAUUUGAUCCAGCACCGAUCCCAGCUAUAAGUCGCCUGCUUUAAUCGCAUAAUUACACAGUAUUCUGGACAUCUGUGUUGCUGAAUCUUUUGUAAUUUGUUCAAUUAAUAAUGGACACCUCAAAGAAGAAAGAUGUAGGUGGGAAGCGACGGAUUGUAGCGGACAAUUUUUAACCAUCACCGGCCCCAGCUAUAAGUCGCCUGCUUUAAUAGCAUAAUUACACAGUAUUCCGGACAUCUGUGUUGCUGAAUCUUUUGCAAUUUGUUCAAUUAAUAAUAGAGACGUCAAAGAAGAAAGAUGUAGGUGGGAAGCGACGGAUUGUAGCGGACAUUUUGAUCCAGCACCGAUCCCAGCUAUAAGUCGCCUGCUUUAAUCCCCUAAUUACACAGUAUUCUGGACAUCUGUGUUGCUGAAUAUUUUGCAAUUUGUUCAAUUAAUAAUGGAGACGUCAAAGAAGAAAGAUGUAGGUGGGAAGCGACAAAUUGUAGUGGACAUUUUGAUCCAGCACCGAUCCCAGCUAUAAGUCGUCUGCUUUAAUCGUAUUAUUACACAGUAUUCUGGACAUCUGUGUUGCUGAAUCUUUUGCAAUUUGUUCAAUUAAUAAUGGAGACGUCAAAGAAGAAAGAUGUAGGUGGGAAGCGACGGAUUGUAGCGGACAUUUUGAUCCAGCACCGAUCCCAGCUAUAAGUCGCCUGCUUUAAUCCCCUAAUUACACAGUAUUCUGGACAUCUGUGUUGCUGAAUAUUUUGCAAUUUGUUCAAUUAAUAAUGGAGACGUCAAAGAAGAAAGAUGUAGGUGGGAAGCGACAAAUUGUAGUGGACAUUUUGAUCCAGCACCGAUCCCAGCUAUAAGUCGUCUGCUUUAAUCGUAUUAUUACACAGUAUUCUGGACAUCUGUGUUGCUGAAUCUUUUGCAAUGUGUUCAAUUAAUAACGGAGACGUCAAAGAAGAAAGAUGUAGGUGGGAAGCGACGGAUUGUAGCGGACAUUUUGAUCCAGCACCGAUCCCAGCUAUAAGUCGUCUGCUUUAAUCGCAUAAUUACACAGUAUUCUGGACAUCUGUGUUGCUGAAUAUUUUGCAAUUUGUUCAAUUAAUAAUGGACACCUCAAAGAAGAAUGAUGUAAGUGGAAAGCGACGGAUUGUAGCGGACAUUUUGAUCCAGCACCGAUCCCAGCUAUAAGUCGUCUGCUUUAAUCGCAUUAUUACACAGUAUUCCGGACAUCUGUGUUACUGAAUCUUUUGUAAUUUGUUCAAUUA